CUUCUUCUUCUCUUUCAUUUUUCUCAUCCUUUAUCCGAAUUCACUUUCUUUUUUUUCCUCUCUUCCUUUACCCCACUCAUAUAUUUCACUUUCUCAUCUUAAUCAUCCCUUUCCUCUUCUCUCCAUUUCCUCUUCCUUCUCCUUUUCCAUUUCAUCUUCAUUUCUUCUACUUUCCUUUUUGCUUUUCUUUUACUCUUUCCAUUCCUCUUCCUUUAAUAUGUUACUUGAAAUAAGAGAUCAGAGUCAAAGAAACAAAGCAUCUCGAAGAUCUCUUAACUUGCAAAUUAGAUAUCUUUUUCCACUGCCUUUUUUUUUUUUUGAUAUAAUUAACCAGCUAAUUCUCCAAUUAUAUGCCUCAUUCACCUCUGUUUAUAACUCUAUUCCAUUUUGAUUUAUUCAUUUAUAUCCCAACUUAUUACCACCCACUAUGGAAACCUCUACUUCCAAACUCUUAGGCUUCCUACUCUUUUUCUUUUUCUACCAUUGCCAAGCGUGUCCACAUUACAAGUUUGUUGUGAAGGAAGUUCCAUAUACGAGACUAUGCAGCACGAAGAACAUACUUACCGUAAAUGGACAAUUUCCGGGUCCUACUUUAUAUGUUAAUAAAGGAGACACCAUCGUUGUAGAUGUUUACAACAGAGGAAAAUAUAACAUCACCCUUCAUUGGCAUGGAGUGUUACAGCCAAGAAAUCCAUGGUCUGAUGGUCCAGAAUACAUCACUCAGUGUCCGAUUCGACCGGGGGCAAAAUUUAGGCAGAAGAUCAUUUUUAGUACCGAAGAAGGAACUUUGUGGUGGCAUGCUCAUAGCGCAUGGUUGCGAGCGACUGUCCAUGGUGCUGUGGUUAUUUAUCCCAAGAUAGGAACAAGCUAUCCUUUUCCUAAACCUGAUGUAGAAAUUCCCAUCAUAUUAGGAGAGUGGUGGAAAGAAGAUAUAAUGAAGAUAUACCAAGAUGUUGAACGUUACGGUGGCCUAGGACUUACUUCGGAGGCCUACCUCAUCAAUGGCCAGCCUGGUGAUCUUUAUUCCUGCUCUAAACCAGAAACUUUUAAACUCAAGGUGAACAAAGGUUUGACUUAUCUCCUUCGGAUAGUCAACUCCAUCAUGCUAGAUAGCCUUUUCUUCUCUGUUGCCAACCAUACUAUCACGGUGGUUGGAUCUGACGGUAAUUAUCUAAAACCAUUCAAGAGAACCUUCAUUUACAUAUGCCCAGGCCAGACCAUUGAUGUCCUUCUAGAAGCCAACCAAAGUCCCAAUCAUUAUUACAUGGGCGCCAGCGUGUUCUCCAUUGCUGUGGCAGGUGCUUACAACAACUCCACCACCACAGCUAUUGUAGAAUAUAAUGGAAACUACACUCCAUCCUCGCUGUCGGUGUUCCCCCAUCUUCCUAGCCAUAAUGACACAGAGGCAACCCUUAAUUUUACCGCUAGUCUUCGGAGUUUAGCUGAUAAGGAGCAUCCAGUUGAUGUGCCAAUGAAAAUAAACACACAUUUGUUCUAUACUCUCUCAAUGAACACUCCAUGCAAAAACCAGUCCUGCCCAGAUGGUGCGUGGAGACUCUUAGCCAGUGUGAACAACAUAAGCUUCAUCAAUCCCAGCAUUGAUAUAUUACAAGCUUACUACUGCUGCAUUUAUGGUGUGUUUGGGACUAAUUUUCCUGAUUUUCCUCAAUUAUAUUUUGACUUCACUGCCGAUUAUUUACCGAUGGAGUGGGAGUAUCCGCAACUAAGGACGGAAGUGAGGAUGCUAGAUUACAAUUCCACCGUGGAGCUUGUUUUCCAGGGGACAAACUUGCUAAACGGUAGUGACCAUCCGAUGCAUCUUCAUGGAUAUAAUUUUUAUGUUGUGGGAUUGGGUAUGGGAAAUUUCGAUAAGGACAAGGAUCCUUUAAUGUACAAUCUGGUGGACCCUCCUCUUCAAAACACCAUUCAUGUUCCAAAAAUUGGAUGGAUGGCUGUAAGAUUCAAGGCUAACAAUCCUGGAGUAUGGUACAUGCAUUGCCAUUUUGAUCGACACAUGGUAUGGGGUAUGGAUACAGUGUUCGUAGUUAAAGAUGGCGAAUCUCCGGAGGCCAAAAUGUUACCACCACCAGCUGACAUGCCUCCAUGUUAAGGCUAUCUCAAUUAAAUCCAAGGUUGCAAGGUCUUUGGGUCAAGAAAGAUAUGUCCUCCCAUAUACAUAUCUGGACAAAAAGAACCAUUGUAAUCCUUGAAAGUAUUUUGCUAAAUGGUUCUGUUUAGCGAGAGAAUUCUAUCAUCUGAAGGCUUGUUUUUAGUUUUUUUUGUUUCCCCAACAAAUAAAUAUUUUUCAUUAUUUAGUUAUAAAGGAAUUUGCUGCAGAACAAGGGGGCUUAUCUGUUGAUGUAAUAAAGCGGGCAUUUAGUGCAACUGAACAAGAGUUUCUGAAUUUGGUGAAGCAAGCUCUUCCAGUGAGACCUCAAAUUGCCUCUGUUGGAUCAUGUUGUCUGGUUGGUGCUAUUUCAAAUGAUGUACUAUAUGUGGCAAAUCUUGGUGACUCAAGAGCAGUUCUUGGGCGGAGAGUUUCUGAGGAUAAGAAGAAUAAGGUGGUGGCAGAACGGCUGUCA